AUGUUAGUUGCCUUUAGGCAGCAGAAAUGGAAAAGCUCUGUCUCCACACAAGCAAAAAUGCCUCCUUGUGAUUUUGUACCUGAAAAAUACGAAUCCUAUCCGUAUGAACAUAUGCAGAAGAUUCGUGAACAAAAUGUUUCUCCUUCACUGCGAAUGUAUUACAAGAAGCCAUUGCUGCUGCAUCAAGGACAUAUGCAGUGGUUGUUUGAUUAUGAAGGAAAAAGAUACCUUGAUCUCUUUGCUGGAAUUGUCACUGUCAGUGUUGGUCACUGUCACCCGAAGGUAACUAUGGCUACCCAGAAACAGCUUGCUCGCCUGUGGCAUACCACUAAUAUCUACAUGCACCCGUCAAUCCAAGAGUACGCUGAAAAGCUAACUUCUCUUCUUCCAGAGCCACUUAAGGUGAUUUAUCUAACCAACAGCGGGUCAGAAGCCAAUGAUUUGGCUAUGUUCAUGGCAAGGCUAUAUACUCGUAACUUCGACAUCAUCUCUUUCAGAGGAGCGUACCAUGGAGGCAGCCCUUACACCCUGGGACUGACGUCUAUUGGUCUUUAUAAACAUGGUGUUGCCAAUGGCUUUGGCUGUUCAACAACAAUGUUACCGGAUGUUUUUCGUGGUCCAUGGGGAGGCAGCCAUUGUAGAGAUUCUCCAGUGCAAACUGUUCGAAAAUGCAGCUGUUCAGAAGGUGUAUGUCAUGCAAACGACCAGUACAUUGAACAAUUCAAAGAUACUCUGAAUACCUCCGUGCCAAAGUCAAUCGCUGGAUUUAUUGCUGAACCAAUUCAAGGUGUUAAUGGAGCUGUUCAGUACCCAAGAAGUUUCUUAAAGGAAGCUUAUCGGCUAGUACGGGAAAGAGGAGGUGUUUGUAUUUCAGAUGAAGUACAGACAGGAUUUGGACGGACAGGCAGCCAUUUCUGGGGAUUUCAAACACAUGAUGUAGUCCCUGACAUUGUUACUUUGGCAAAAGGAAUUGGUAAUGGAUUUCCAAUGGCAGCUGUUGUUACAACAAAAGAGAUUGCAAGUUCCUUGGCUCAAAACCUUCACUUUAAUACAUUUGGAGGAAGCCCUUUGGCCUGCGUAGUUGGAGCUGCAGUUCUUGAUGCUAUUGAAGAAGAUCGUCUACAAAAAAACAGUGAGGAUGUGGGAACAUACAUGCUACUGGAGUUGGCUAAACUACGGGAUAAAUUUGAGAUUGUUGGAGAUGUCCGUGGCAAGGGACUUAUGAUCGGAGUAGAAAUGGUGACAGAUAAGGAUAGUCGCCGCCCUCUUCCUAAAAGUCAGAUCUGGGAGGACUGUAAAGACAUGGGGGUUCUGAUUGGCCGAGGAGGACUCUACAGUCAGACAUUUAGAAUUAAACCUCCUAUGUGCAUUACUAAAAAGGAUGUCGACUUUGCUGUGGAAGUAUUUCAUACUGCUUUACAGAGACACAUGGAAAAAGCACCUGCAAAAUAG